AUAAUGGUGUGCAUGAGUGUCCUGGCAGAUGCUCUCAAGAGCAUUAACGAUGCUGAAAAGAGAGGCAAACACCAGGUUCUUAUUAGGCCGUGCUCCAAAGUCAUCGUCUGGUUUCUCACUGUGAUGAUGAAGCACGGUUACACUGGUGAAUUUGAAAUCAUUGAUGAUCACAGAGCAGGGAAAAUUGUUGUGAACCUCACAAGCAGGUUAAACAAGUGUGGAGUCAUCAGCCCCAGAUUUGAUGUGCAACUGAAAGAUCUAGAAAAAUGGCAGAAUAACCUGCUCCCAUCCUGCCAGUUUGUUUUCACUGUACUGACAACCUCAGCUGGCAUCAUGGACCACGAAGAAGCAAGACGAAAACGCACAGGAGGGAAAAUCCUGGGAUUCUUUUUCUAGGGAUGUAAUACAUACGUGCAAAUAAUAUGCCUCAAUGGAAAAAAAAAAA